UUCUUAGCUCGAAUAAAAGCCACUUGAUGAAAAGCUCCCACUUGUGCUGUAUUUAGCGGAAGGAGAGGAGCUCUGGUUUCAUUUUAGGAUACGUUUCAUAAGUGCUAAUGGCUUAAACCACUUGUCUCCAGUCAGGAGUUCCACCCUGAAGAGCUCAGGCCAGCUCUAGUCAUUAACAGUGUUUGGUUUUCCUUGCUGUUCUUUGGUAACAGCCAGUUAAGAGUAAUGGGAGCUGCUGCAUAAUGUAACCCUGAGGCCCGCUACUGAGAGAUGGGAGCUGGGUGCUUUCAGUUAGGAAACAAUGAACCAAACAAGGACAAAAACCCUUUGGAGAGUUCUGUUGUCUUGAAGUUUGCCUUUAUUUUGCUGGAGGCAUCAGCCCCUCGUCUGCUGGUGCACGUUUUUGGGAAGCCUCCUCUGCUGCCAGGCUGCUUUGCUGUAGUUAACAGAGCUUUGUAUUUUGACGUUGCAGAGCCCACAGAAAUGUUCCAUAGGCAGCGGGGGUAAAGAGAGAUAGUUCUGGGUAAAUGUCAGUGGUGGUUAACACCUCACAGCCACUGUAAGGGCACUGCAGUUAUGUAACUGUCAGGAAGGAAUUCUGCCAGGCUGGGAGCUCCUAUUUGAUAUGGUCAAAGAUGAGGAAAGAUUUUAUGGUAUAUAAAAAAUAGAGAAGGGAGGAAGGAAGCAGGUAGCUGUGACACCGUGAAGAAAAUCAACCCUUACAUCAAUGACAUCUCAAGACACCAAGGUGCUGAGUAAAGCCUCCACUGGACAGGUCAGAGCUGCCUCCAGUUCACCAAACCACCCUGAAUUCAGGCACUGCAGUGGGAGAUGGAAAAACCUGCAGCUUUAUCUUCAGACGUUCUUCUGAGUGCUCAGAGCUUUUGGAAACCACACAUGCAGCCCUCUAAAUUCCUUCCAAAAGCCCUAUCGGAAUCUCUAAAUGGGAAUUAGAUAUCAUGGGAAGUAGGUGUCAUGAAGAUAGGUUUUUCCUUUGCGUUGGAAAAGGAAUGUAAAAACCACCUUUGUGCUUUAUAGAAAUUCACUUCCUACAGAGUUACUACCACUGGGCUGUACUUGCAGGAUGGUACAUUGCAAGGGUUCAGAGGCAGGUAUGGACCUAAGUAAUCCUCAGGAACAGCCACUGGCUGCAGAAGGACAGGAGGUUUUGACAGACUGUAAUCUGAACAAAUCCCAGGAAAUGGAAAGGAUGGAUAACGCAGCAGAUAUGAAGGAACACAGUCAGUCUAAUGAAGAAGCAGAAGAUGAUGUGGUUAAAGUGAAAGGUGAAUACAGUGAAAGAGAGGAGAGUGCUUUACAUCCAGAGCCAAUGGAAACCCCUGAAGAAUCUGAACUGCCUUACACCUAUCCCAGAGAAUAUAAUGAAUAUGAAAGCAUUAAACUGGAAAGACAUUCGGGUUCAUAUGACAACAUCAGGCCAGCUAGUGGAAAAAUGACUUGUGACAUCUGUGGAUUAGCAUGUAUUAGCCUCAAUGUCUUGAUGGUUCAUAAGCGUAGCCACACUGGUGAACGGCCAUUCCAGUGUAAUCAGUGCGGAGCUUCCUUUACUCAGAAGGGAAACCUCCUCCGCCACAUUAAACUACACACAGGGGAAAAACCUUUUAAAUGUCAUCUUUGCAGUUAUGCCUGCCAAAGGAGGGAUGCGCUGACAGGUCACUUAAGGACACAUUCUGUGGAGAAGCCAUACAAGUGUGAGUUCUGCGGGAGGAGCUACAAGCAGAGGAGCUCGUUGGAGGAGCACCGGGAGCGGUGCCGUACGUACCUGCAGAACGCUGGCAUGUGUGAGCCUGUAGCGAGCGUGGAGGGAAGGCACAUCAAGGCAGAGAUGGGGAGUGAAAGAGCCCUUGUGCUGGACAGGCUAGCGAGCAACGUGGCAAAGAGAAAAAGCUCAAUGCCUCAGAAAUUUAUUGGUGAGAAACGCCACAGUUUUGAUGUUAAUUAUAAUUCCAGUUUCAUGUAUGAAAAGGAAAGCGAUGUGAUGCAAGGACGUAUGAUGGACCAGGCCAUAAACAAUGCCAUCACCUACCUGGGGGCUGAAGCCUUGCGCCCUCUCGUGCAGACACCACCAGCUCCCACCUCCGAGAUGGUCCCCGUCAUCAGCAGCCUGUACCCCAUCGCGCUGACCCGCGCUGAGGUGCCCAACGGCACCUUGCAGGAUGCUGAGAAGAGCCACCCCCACCUAAGGGACAAAAGCCUGUCUUCAGACAGAGGCCUCUCCCCCAACAACAGCGGCCAAGACUCCACAGACACUGACAGCAACCACGAGGAGCGGCAGAAUCCCACUUUCCACCCAAGCCAGAUGCUCCCCGCUCAGGCCCGCAACGGCCUCCAGCCCUUGAAGGACUUCCCAAGGCCCUACGACAUCAUCAAGCCGCCUGCCAUAUGCCCACGAGAUGCCUUCAAGGUCAUCAACAAGGAAGGGGAAGCCAUCGGGGUGUACCGGUGUGAGCACUGCCACGUCCUCUUUUUGGAUUACGUGAUGUUCACCAUCCACAUGGGCUGCCACGGCUUCCGUGACCCCUUCGAGUGCAACGUCUGCGGGUACCGGAGCCACGAUCGCUACGAGUUCUCGUCCCACAUAGCGCGAGGAGAGCACCGGGUAGUGCUCAAGUAAAAGGACCCGUUUCACAAGGUCAGAGGGGAGGCUCGUUGGGUUUUCCUCAGCAGGAAGAAAUCUCUUGAGUAUAUUUUCCUAUGCCAGUUUUAAAAUGAGUGUCAUGGGGUAGGUGACACCUUUUUUACACGUUCCUUUGCAAACCAGUCAGCGUUCUGUAGCAUCUCUGCCUCGCUGCUGUGCUGGGUGGGACUGAGGAAAUGCCAGGAGCAGAGACCCGUUUUUAGAUGAAGUUUAUUUUUGUGCAAAUGAAGAGCCAUUUAAGAUGGUUUUAUUUUUUUAACGUGCAUUUGUGUUUCCUAACGUGUGCUUUAAACUCAGCUCAAAACGGUUUUAUGCCCUGCUGAUGCUGAUCUCAUGUGUAGGAGCAGGAGUAUAGGAGGAGCUUUGUUUUAGCUGUUACAAUCCCGAUGGGUUUCAAAUCACGCAAACAAGGAAAACACACUGGGAGGGAUUAUUAAUUCCUGUUCAAAGGUUUUCCCCUAAGUUUUAAAGAGCAUGUGGCCCCACCACACUUUCAUUUUUCUUCCCCUUCUGUUCACCUGCUUUAAAGUCACUCCCACACGUGUCUUAGUAAGAGCAAAGUGAGAGAUGAGACUUGGGUUGGGGGUUUUUAACAGCACGCCUUUUUGGGAUACCCAGUGAGGUCACUGCUUGCCUCACCCGCGCAGUCUGGGGGAAAUCCUGACUUUCAGUGAUGGAAAGUCCUCCUUUCCCAAUGGGUGCCAGGAGCAAGGAGGACACUGUGUUUGGUGGGGGACAGCCUGAAGUUCUCUUUCCCAAUGGGUGCCAGGAGCAAGGAGGACACUG